AUGACCACAAACGCUGUGUUUGUGCCCAUGGGUGUGCAGGCUUUCGUCCCAGACUAUUCGAGCCUCCGUGCCAGCGGCCUACUCAACCGCGAUGUCAUUGAACAGCUUCAACUGUCCCAUCACCGCCUUAUGGCGAAGCAUAACACCCGCUUCGUUGAUGUAACUAACGGACUGGUCCGCGGGGAGCGCGUCGGCGUCUACCUCAGCUGGACCAUUCCUAGAGCCUACCGUCAGGGGAUUACGGCUACUGAGAAGGCGUCGGUAGAUCACUCUGUUGCUAAGCUCAAGGCCGGAUACACCCACGAGUUAGCAAUGACGUGGCGAAAUUACCGUCUCAAGCUUGACGCUGACUCGUUCAAGUUCCGAUCAAUUCCCACACGCUACCUCAUCUUUAGGGUCACCUACUCUAGGACCUCGUCGACGCCAUCGUCCCAGAUCUUCGUGCUGGAGAGUGACCGGAUCCGCAAUAUCAAUGAGGCGGACCUCGGUGAAGUUAACGUCGAGAACCUGACUUCUGCAUUUCUCAAUCCCACACUAUCCAUCGAGCAGUAG